UUUAAUUAGGUUAGGUGUUCAUUAGGUACUGUUUUAAUUGUGGAUUUAUGUAAUAAAACAUAAAAAGUAAUAUAAAUUACAAUCCAACACUAGUUUCAAGCAUUCUUGUGUAAGCGUUACUGUAUUAUUAAUCAAAUAUAUCAUCUAUUGUGUAGACGUGAAAUGGAUGUGACUUCCUUAGGAAACAUUUUUAAUCAAAAUAUAUCAUUUGAUGGUUUUGAUAGUAAAUACUCAGCACGUAUACUAACUCAAGAUGUAACAGUGAACUGUAGUGUAGGAACUCAUCACCAUGGAAGUUCAAAUGUAAAACUGACUAAUGUUGUUGAUUAUAAUUGGGAAUUGAGAUAUAGCAAUGGACAAAUGCUUGCAGUUCAUAUAGACGGCAAUGUUAUUGCUUAUGGAAUGAAAGGUAAAAAUGGUAGCAUGAUAAGGGUGGCAAAUCAAAAAAAUAAUAAUAGGACACUUAUUAAGGAUAUUGGAGCUCCAAUUCUUGAUUUAUCUUUUGCUAUUAUACCUAAACAAAUAAUUCUUGGUUGUGCUGACACAGAAGGGAGUAUAUAUAUUUAUGAAAUAGAUGAUCAAAGUGAUUCAGUUGUAUGGUCGUUGGUAUUACAUGUAAUUCAUCCAAAACCCAUGUACAGUACAGCAAACAAUUAUAGGAUAAUUUGGUGUCCAUAUCUUCCUUCUUAUGAAGAAGAAUCAGAUGGAGAUGUUAUUGAUGAUCCUGCUAAGUUAUUUGUAUUCCUGAACGGAAGCAAAGCGGAAAUUUUUGAUGUUAGCAUAGUGAAUUCACAAUAUGGUUCAGACCCUUUAUGUCCCACUUCAGACAUUGAAGGAUUUAUAGAAAUUAGCGAGCAUAUUUUGGAUAUUGUUGAUGCAUCAUUUUCACCAGAUGGUACUGCUUUAGCAACGUCCAGUUUGGAUGGAUAUGUGAAGUUCUUUCAAGUUGAUAUGCCAGAUAAUGAGAAACCAAGAUUUUUACAUGAAUGGAAACCCCAUGAUGGAAAGGCUCUGUCUUGUUUGUUCUUUUUAGAUAACAUUUUACACAAUUAUACUACAGAUUUUAGGUUUUGGAAAUUUGCAGUAACAGGAUCAAAUCAUAACACUGAGUUAAAAAUCUGGUCUUGUGAGUCUUGGACCUGUUUACAGACCAUUCGUUUUCUACCCAAUCCAACGUCCAUAGCUCAACAAUUGUUUAUGAAGGCACGUUUGGAUAUGACUGGGCAAUAUCUAGUUUUAUCAGAUAUAAAUAACCGUACUUUGUAUAUUUUAAAACUACAAAGAAAGGAUUCGGAACAAGUGGCACUUGUUUCAUCAAUAUCGCGUUUUCUUUUACCUGCCCCCUUCCUCAGUUUUUGCAUCGUUAGUGCUGAUGAAAAAAAACAGUUACGAAGUGCCAGUAGCAACGAAGAUUUAUACACGAAUGAUGUUGACGAUUUUGAGGAUGCAACGUUGGAAGCAGUAGUCGAAAUGAAUAUGUUUGUGGUUCAGCCGAAACAACUUCAGGAAUGUCUCAUCACAUUCCAACCGGAAAAUUUUUAUUUGAACGACGAAAAACAAAAUGGACUGGAAAAUCUGGAGAAAGAGAAAAACAAUGACCCAAAAGAAGAAAAGAAUGAACUCCUCAAACUAGAUGACCUACAACCUUCCGUUAAUUUACUUAUACAACAAAAUAAUAGUCAGCAACAAUCAUUGAAUUUGAUGACACCAGAAGCAUUUAGUUCACCUACACAAACUAUUAGUCCAACAAAACCUAAUCUUAGUAAAGCAAUGGAACAACAAAUAGAUAACGAAGAUGUUCGAAACGAUCUAAUAAACCUGUGUAAUAACGAUCAGCAAGACGAAAAACCUCAAAAAGACAACUUUGCUAGUGGUGGGUCGAGUCCUAGUCGUGAAGUUCAAGAAAUAUUCUCAUUCAAGAACGAUCAAGAAUUUUUUGAUGAACUCAUGAAUGUCGGCAAAGAAGCAAAAAUGGCAAAUACCAAUACCACGUCGCAUUACGGAAAUCAAACAGGUGAAAUUGAAGAGAAUUCCUUCUCGGAGAAUCUCAAUAGGAAACAGACAGCCGUGUGGUCUAGUAUUCCUAUACUUAAAGCCACUGAAGUGUUGAAAGAAGAAAAUCGACGUCAGGAGAUGCAACAAAUACAACAGCAGCAUCAGCAACAAGUAGCUGAAGAAACAGCCGAGGGGACAAUUGUACAGGAUAAUAACGAGUUUAAGGAUAAAAGCGCAUAUGUGCACCUGAAUUAUCGAAUGAAAUCAUUGGAAAACUUGUUGCAAGAACAAAAUGAGCAAAUUCAGAGACUUAGCUGUGAAUUUAGAUCAUUCGUCAAAAAUUACAGAAAUGACUCAAAAGACGAUAUUCACACAACGUUUUUAAAAGAAUUGGAUGUGGCGCUUACAAGAAGUCAAAUGCAGCAGUCGAAGAUGUUCGAAAAUUAUUUUAAAAGGGAAUCAGAUCAACAUGAAAAAUUAAUCUCCAAUGUUACACAAUCAUUAAGCAAAGAAAUUAUUGAUAAGUUGCAAAAUAUUGUAAUACACGAGAUAAAUAAUGUGAUUUUACCAACUGCAGUUAAUUCAUUUGAUAAUUUGAAACACCAAUUAUCUUUUGAAUACUCACAAAAACUGGGGAAUAUGGAUCAUUACUUGAAUGAAAAUAUAACGAAAGUAAUAACCAGCAAGACUGUGGCAGACUCUCUUAGUGCAUCAAUUUUGCACGUCAUACAGCCAAGCUUAGAACAAUGCUACAGAAAUAUGAUAGAAAGGGCUCUAAUACCAUCAUGGGAAAAAGUGUGCAAUUCAAUGUUUCAACAAAUUCAUGACACAUUUACAAAAGGAACCAAAGAGUAUACAGCUUCGGUAGAGACUUAUAUGGAGAGACAAAGACGUGUACAGGACAAAGGCAAAGACUUGAUUGUUCAAAUGCAGGCAGUUUCAGAUGCAAUGAAAAACAGUGCCGAAAAACUCACAAAUACUCUCACAUUAGAAAUACAAAAACAACUUUCUUUAUCUUUCUCUAAUAUGCAGGAUAAAAUAGCGUUAACGAUAGCUGAAUUAGUAAGCGAACAAGUUAAACAAGGACUAAAAAAUCACGUAGCAAUUCUCGAAGACAGUGUCCUUAAUGCAGUACGUUCAAGAGCUGUGACUCCUUCUCCACAUGUAAUUGAUACUCAGUUUCAGCUGGUUCAGAUACAGCAGGCAUUAGCAAAAGGACAAAUAGACGUGGCAUUUCAACAGGCCCUGUCUGCUUCAGACUUGUCUCUAGUUGUCUAUGUGUGUGAAAAAGUCAAUCCUCAAGAAGUGUUUGGACUGGACAAGUGCAUUUUACCGCAACAUGUAACUCUGUCGUUAAUACAGCAAUUAAGCGCCGAUUUAACAAGAAACACAGAAUUAAAAUACAUGUGAGUA